AUGAGCCGUGCCAGUACCGUCGUCAAUAAGCUGCUGAAGCUCUCCUUCGACACCUCGUCCCUUCUCUUCAAUGAACUACGUUUCCACAAUCAUACAGCCCAUCAUCUGGGAGCGUUGUAUUUUCUGGGAGAAAAUGACAAACGCAUCGAGGAGAUCUAUCACCACGCUAUGGUGGAAUCAUCCGAUCCCGAUGUGCCGUCGCCGCACACCAUCACGCGCGCCAACUGGCGCAGUAUCCUGGGCGAUCGCCAAUUUUGCAAGGCCUAUAAAGAUUACUUUGAACAGGAGUUGCCGGCGGAAAACUGGCGGGAGAAAUUUCUCCAAAUUCUGUUGGAAAACGAACCUCAUCCAUUGAUCAACGGAGUGAUUGGCGGUGUGGUGCAUCCGCUGAUUCACAUCGGAUACGCGCUGGAAUUAGACAGCAGACUGGUCGCGGUGGAAGCACUGACACAAGCCGCGGUGUGCUACGAUAGUCUGCACGAUACUGUCGACAAGCUGCAACGCCCGCAAGCGGGUACGAAAUCGCCGAUGGAGGUUUUUACAGGCAUGCGUGCGGAUAAUCGGCUGCCGAUAUUCGAAAAAUCGGACAUUGAUAAUAUAGAGAACUGCGUGAAAAUGUGCAACGAUCGCAUUCUGCAACAUUUCAACCAGUGGAAGAUGAACAGCACGCUGGAGAAGACGAUCGAGGAUUUGUUCGAUGUAUCACUUUAUAUUUACGGCGCGACACAUCGUCCCAAUGAAAUUGUCUUCGAUUUCUUCCUCUUGCACUUACUGACGGCAAUGCAUGCCGUUCGGGUGACCUUUCCAUAUCUGAAAGAUCCCAAGAUCGCCGAACAUCUGCUGCUGCAGUUUUUCUACUUUGCCGGCGUUCUGUAUGUUAAUCAACGGCGACCGGAAAUCAACGAGAAGUUGAUUGAUGAUUACCAGCUGGACGCUACGAAGACGUGGGAAUAUGUGGUGGAUCGUGCGAUUAACACCAAAUUGUCGGAGGAUUCCCAUUUGGUGAAAGUCAUACACACGCUGCGUUCGGCGGAAAAAGUGUACGGAAGCAAAAACGGGCUGUAUCUGAAAGCAGCCGUGAAGACGGUAGACAAUUUGGAUUUGAAUAUAAAGCACCCAGAAAUAGACAUUCCGUUCCCGUGGGUGGUCGCACCGGAGGACCCGCGGCAAGCCAAGAUGAAUGCACUUCAAAAGCAAUAA